GUGUGUAUGUGUUGUACUAUAUUUACAGGUUGUUUUUCAUGUGAUGGCUGCUCGACCGGUGGAGGGGGGACGAACACGAACAUCAGAGGCUGGCAUUCAAGGAGUGAUGCAGCAGAUCAGUGGCGACAUCCAGCGGGACAUCCAAGGAGUACAGGUAAGUAGUAGGAGUGGAUUCAUCAGCAUCAACUGGAAUUUUAAAAGUGAGACUGGCAGUGGAACCAGCCAUGUAAUCAGCAACAGCACUGGCACUUGGGUGGCCAGCACCAGCUGCUGCAUUGACUGCAGUUGCAUCCACAACUGCAAUGGAUAUGGACAUCGACAUCUUCAUCAGGGGCGUCUGGGGUGGUGGAAUCAGCGCAGCGCGUCAAUCGAGCUGGCACCAUUAGCAGACGUAUUGAUUGCAGCGGUGUAGGCCACAGGAUUAGCAUCAUCUGAUUCUUCCGCGUUGGAAUCAGAAUCAACAAUAAUGAUGACAUCAGCAUCACUGUUGGCAUCACAGUGAACAACGGCAUCCGAUACUGAGUCAGAACGGGCACCAGCAUGGACAUCUGUUGUGGUAGGAGCAGUGGCACCAUCUAUGCAACGAGAGGCGGCAUCAGGGCUGAAACCAGAGCUGUUGUCAUCAGUUAAGUCAAUAGUUAUACAAGUACUCGCUUCCAAGUUUUCUUCAGUGAUAACAUUUGCUUUUAUUUUCGCAGCGGCUAACGCAAUGUCCCUAGAUUUUGCACUUGCAAUCGCACAAUCUCUAGAGAAGCCAACCGCGUUUCUUUGCGAGCGGAUUCUGGCCCAUAUUUGCUCUCUUCUUGCGUUCGCAACGAUGGAGCUUAGGUGAGUAUUGAUCAUUGAGGUAUAUCGCUGUCUCUGCAGACGCUGUGGCACAAAUGGCUCGGAGGCAAUUUGCCGUGCUGCCAAAUUUGAGUGGUUAAGAAGCCGGCGCACAUAAUUGGCACACAUCACUUCAUAUAUGGAAUCAACUGAGUUGACUUUUAGAUCAGAAUGGAGAUUGUCAUUACUGACGUACCAUGGCGCUCCCGCAAUGGAGCGGAGGAUCUUGUUUUGAGCGACCUGAAUGCGACUGAAACUGCGAUCUGUCACCAGAGAGCCCCAGACAGGCAACGCAUAUUGCCAUAUUGGGGCAAUUAAUUGCUUGUAAAACAUAAUUUUAAUUUUUAAUGGCAGUUUACUGUUUGCGUUCAACAGCCAGUUUAAUUGCUUGCUUCUUGUUCGAAGCUUGCCAAUCAGCGUUGUGAUGUGGGUGUGUAAGUGCAACCUGUCAUCUAGUUGCACACCCAAAUAGCGAUGACUUGAUUUACUUGCAAUUCUAUUGCCUGCACACGUGAUGACAGCCUGCCGAUCGUCAACUUGGACACGUCGCAGGGAGUGCAGGACAUGUAUUGUUUUAGUGUAAUUUAUAGAUAUACACCACUUCUUGGUCCAUUCAUCUAGGGAGCCAAGGUAUUGAUUGAUUAGUAGAAUGGAAUGCACUGGACAGAUGCUGGACGAUAAUAUGGCUGUAUCGUCAGCGUAAGUGCCAAGCAUCAUACGACUACCAUAACGAGAUGUACUAACCCUUGGCAGCGGGAUGUCAGCAGUGUAGAUAGUGUACAGUAUAGGUGCUAGUACACUACCUUGAGGAACACCAGCGGCAAACCGUUUGACGCUAGAUUGGGCAUAAUCUGAGCAUUCAACGAGGAACAAACGAUUGGAUAAGUAGCUGAAAAUUAUGUUGAAAAGUGCCUUGGGCAGUAA